AUGUCAGCGACGAUGGUAGAUUCAUACCCGCAGUACGGCCAGCUGCACCGCAAGCCCAUCCCAGGCAGUGCAGGCAUCCCUCGCCAGUUCGCUGCGGGCCAGCAACAGAGCGCACACUCGCACACCCGCACCUCCUCCUCCAACGUCCUCCCCACCGGCGCGCCCAUAUACCAAGCCUACCACGCCUAUCAGCCCUCGCAGUCCGCCUCCGCAACCCGCCGCACCCUCUCCAAUGCCACCGCCUCGACGACCUCAACCAACCGAAGCAGCGGCGCAGGCAUGAUCCCCGUUCGCACCAACAGCACCGCCAGCGGCGGCCUCCGCAGAUCUUCGAGCGGCCGCUCCAUGCAGCCGACGUCCUAUGUGGCAUUGAUGCGCAAGCAGAAAGCGACCGUCUGGUGCGACCGCGCGCAGACAGAGGACCCGCGCCUGCUGGCCGCCCAGCGAGCAGCGAAGAUGCGCGCGGCGAUGGAAGUCGUCGGCGGGAACCAGAGCGGGCGGACGAGCACAUCGAGCAGCGGCGUGGUCGCCGGCGUCGGCAGGAAGAUCAGACACCAUGGCGCACAGAAGGCGGAGCGGUAUGCGCCCGGCGCGAAUCUCAGCGGUACAGGGGUGCCGAUGCGGCUGAGUGCUAGUGAGGUCGACGACGGAGCGAGUGAUGAUGGGGAUAGUGCGUACACAGGCCGGCCGUAUCAUCAACGGACCGGCUCGGACAGAAGUUCGCUCGGCAGCGGGAGGAGAGUCACGAGUCACGGCCAGCCUCUUGGGGGGAGAUAUAGCACGAACAGCACGCCGCCAAGCGGACAGGGCAGUUCGCCGAGCGAUACCAUGGCCGAGCUGGCGGAGGAGACGCCUGUACCGGGAGACUAUCGGCAGCGGGGGCACGACUACUUCACCCAGUCUACGACAACGGGGCUGUCGGGCGGCAGUGGGAGUUCAGGGGAGCGUGAGAGCAGUUUUGGCCAGCUGGGCCAGAUGCAGCCACACCAGAGUAGGAUGAGCGAUGAUAGGAGUAUCACGGAUGAGCUGAGGAGGAGGGGGAGUGUGGAUGAUAGGACGCAUACGAUGAGUGGAGCUGUCAGGCUGUUUGUUGCGAAUCCGGAUCACAGUGAUAGCGACUGA